AAACAUGUUGGUCCGCACUGGCUUAGUGUUCAAGUUACCUGUACUUUCACCUGUGUGGAGGGGCGGGGUUUAAGCUGCUCACUGGCCUGUGGCACCAACUGAAAGUUGGGUCUGGUAUGGAUUGCGUGUGUCUUUCCUACCUGGAAUGAGUGUCGGUGAGGAGGAUCUGCAGAGCUGGGGGUGGACUGACCUAUCCAGUUACUGGUCAGCAGUGUCGGACUCGGACAGCGAGAGCGGGACCAUGUCCAGGCACCGCCUGCGUUUGGAUGAAGGCCUGCUGGACCGCAGCCUGCCUCUGGGCAGCGCAUCUUUCAGCGUCGGGGGAAGCGGCUGGAGAAACACCAGGGCGCUAAAGUCUCGUCGUUCUCAGCAGCUGUCCGUCUCCUGCUCCGAGUCCGUCCUGGUCCGCACGCCGCGUAAACCCCCCGGACACUCGCUCCACAGAAUGGCGUCCGACGCUUCGUUGCUCUCGUCGCUGCUGGACGAGUCGUCCAUCCAGGACACCACUGUGGUGGACACCUUCUGGGGUUUGGACCAGGACCUGGACCCGAAAGAGAGCGCCGCCGUGGCGGAGCACAGCGGCAUCCUGGCCAACAGCACUCUGAUCGCUGCUGACGGCCGCCAUCCAGAACAUCCGGUCCAGACGCUGACUCGCGCCCCCUACAGAGACGAGGAGUCCUCAAAGCCCGCCUCCACCAUCUACACCCGGAACCGAAGCCGUCGGGUCAGAACAGCAGGCCUUCUGGGUUCCGUGUGGCACGCCGGCGUGGGCGCCAUCAGGCGGUGCCUCGCCGGCGUCUUUGCAGCGCUGCUGGUGUCGUACCAGCAGGCGCACAAACGCCACCAGGUGUCAGAUGUUCUGCAGCUGUGGUCGGCCUCCUUCCUGUUUUAUUGCCGCUCGGCGCUGAUCAGCGCCCGGCGCCUGUGCCAGGGCGUGCGGUCGAAUACCACGGGGGUCAACAGUCACGGAGGGCCGGACUCUCGCCACUGCGGCGUCAUGAGCGCCAAGCAUCAGGAUCUCCACGCCAACGGACCUCUGUGUGAGUUACCAGACGCACACACGCACACGGGUGCGGCCUGUCAGGAGAAGCAUCAGGUCAGCUCGUCGUCGUCGUUGCUCCGCCCCUCGUCGACCAUGUGGGCGCUCGCUGCGUUCACAGUGUGGUGUUUGCGUCAGCUGACCUCGCUGGUCUGGACCCUGACCAGGACCGCCUUGUCGUCUUCAGACCGCCUCCGACGCCCUGCAGGUGGGACGCUGGGCGGUGCGUUCAGGUGCAUCAGGAGAAGAUGGAGCGACUGUCCUCUGCUGACUUGGUUGGUCCUCUCGGUGCUUGUCCUCCUCUUCAGCUUGUGUUGCUUCAGUCCGGCGGGUUUUGCGGUCCCGAGUGUCCAGGAGUGGAAGACUUCGGUCUCUGACGUUCCGGUCCUUUCUUCAGUCCACGGCCUGGUUUCCAGGUGGAGCCAAGCAGCAGGUGGCGCUGUGGAGGAAGUGAAGGCGUCGGAGUCCGCGCGCCUCGCUCGUCUGGAGCGUGGCCUGGCGUCCCUGUGGGAGCGCGUGGAGUCUGGCGGGCGGCGAGCGAGGCGAAGGCACGGCGAGGUGCUGGCCAUGUACUCUGAUCUCAAGCUGCUUGGCUCCGCCCACAACAGCAAACUGCACCUGAGCCGCCUGGUGGACCAGCAGCUGUCUCGGCUGAAGAGGAGACUGGACCAGGACCGACGGCAGAGGGGACAGGACUUGGACCAGCAGCAGCGCCAGGCAUCUCGUCUGGAUCAUCUGGAGGCCAAGAUGGAGGACGUCCAGUGGAGGCAGGAAGCGUCAUCCCCUCCACUUCCUGCUGCCGCCAGCGUGGCGUCCCAUGAUGCAUUGCUGGCAGAGGUGGGCCGUCUGGAGGCGGCGCUGGAGGACGUCAGGAGGGACGUGGAGGUUCUGUCAGGAUGCCAAGACGGCUGCCGCAGACUGGACCAGAUUUCGGCACACGUUUCCGCUCAAGUCCGGGAGGAGGUCCGGCUUGUGCUCUACGGGAAUGAUCUGCCAGUUGACUCCGCCCCGUCCGAGCGCUUUGUCAGCGGAGCAGACCUGCAGGCGUCCUUGGUCUCGCUGGAGCGCAGCAUCCUCCAGAACGUCAGCCGCCAACUGGAUCAGCGCCGCAGCGAGGCGUCCGUGACCAGAGGGGAGGUGAAGGUGAUGGUGGAGAACGCCCUGCGACUCUUCGCUCACGACCGCACCGGCCUGGCCGACUACGCCCUGGAGUCCGCAGGGGGCAGCAUCCUCAGCACUCGCUGCUCUGAGACCUACAAGACCCAGGCGGCUCUGCUCAGCCUGUUUGGUCUUCCUCUGUGGUAUUUCUCCCAGUCCCCUCGCGUGGUCAUCCAGCCAGACGUCCAUCCUGGGAACUGCUGGGCCUUCAAAGGCUCCACGGGCUUCCUAGUGAUCAGGUUGUCCAUGAGGAUCCUCCCCACCGCCUUCUCCCUGGACCACAUCCCAAAGGCUCUGGCGCCACACCGCUCUGUGAGCAGCGCACCAAGAGACUUCAGGGUCUACGGCCUGCAGGACGAGCGUGAAGAAGGAGGCAGGCUGCUGGGCUCCUACACCUACCAGGAGGAUGGAGACGCUCUGCAGACGUACUCUGUCACGGAAGAGAACCACAGAAGCUUCCAGAUCAUCGAGGUCCAGGUCUUGUCCAACUGGGGCCACGCGGACUACACGUGCAUGUACCGCUUCAGAGUGCACGGAUCUCCCAGUGACGCCUGAACGCAUCCAAACUUUCUCCUCCUCCUCCUCUUUGAAGCACUCGGACUGAACUUUGUUUUAAAAGUGUUGAAGCUUCUUCUUGAGCCCUCAUUUCAACUUCUCAUCAAAAUGUUUCACAAUCUCCAACAUUGAGUCGAGAAACUUUUUUUUUUUUUUUUAACUUUUAUUUUGAAACUACCGAGUGACCUUAAAUGCAAAGUUUGAAUGUGGCCUUAACUUUGCUGAAUGUAAUGUCAGAACUAAAUGUUGUAUUUAUUUUAAUGUCUUUUCUAUCUGAUGUGGAAAUAAAAAUGAUCUUUCAAAAAUAUCCAUUUAGACUGUGAAAGUGAAAAGUUCAUUUUUAAAGACUGACUUUUAAUGAUGUAUUACAUUUGAGAUAUCUUGUGGCACUUUUAAAGGGGAACUGCACUUUUUGGGGGGAAUUUUGCCUAUCGUUUACAAUCACGAGAGACACGAAAACUAAAUUUACUUUUUUGCAUUCCAACAUAAAAAUGGGCUCGUUCUAGGUGGUGUCAUGUCUGUGUAAUCAUGUUUUGUUUUAAGUCAUGUUUUGUUUAGUUUCUGGCUUUUCACUCCCUUGUCUUGUUUGCAUGAUUACCCAUUAGUUUCACCUGUUCCACGUUUGGACUCAUUGUGCACU